AUCAAUGACUAGUCAAAGUCGACUCGAUUUUCAUUACUUGACUGUCGACUUUAAAAGAUUUACGUCAUGCAGCCCCUAGUACUUUCUAAAUAUAUCGCCCAAAGGCAGGAUAUAAAUAAAUGGAAGACAGUAACGGCCCGAAGAUGGAACCUUGAGGGACUCCCCAAGGAAGGGGAACUGAUGGAGAUGAACAGUCGUUCAGCAUAACACCAAGAAUCCUGUGGUGAAAGCAGGACUGGAUCAAGUUUAGGGCUGAUCCUGUAAUUCCGGUCUUUUGCUCUAAUCAGGAUGUGAUGAUCAGCUGUAUCGAAAGGUGGCAGAUAAGUAGAGAAAUACAACUCUGUAGCCAGCAGAGUGUCAUUACAACCCUUCCGGUCUCCAAUGCAUAUGUGAAAGCCAGGUUCAGAGAAACAGUUUUUACUUGUUCUUUUUGAAAUUUGAGAGGUCAUAUGAUUGUGAGUAUUACAUGCAAACUGAACAUGAAAAUAGACUUCUACCCACAAGUCUUGAUUGUCUGCUGAUUGAAACACUAGGAUUUGAAACGCCUGACAGAUCUACAUCACACUGUAAAUUUGCAUACAUGGAGUCAUCCAUCUCUGCUUGUGGCGAGGAAGGUGGGCGGGAUGCAUGUGAUUUAGCAUUCAGGAGCCAGAAGAGCACGACUCGGCUAACAAAAGCUAACCAUUAGCAUUAGCAACUCCACCACACAUCAAAGCUCCUUCAGGCUUGUGUUAUUUGUGGAGAUAAAACAUCAGCUCUGCAAAGCAAACAGAGUCAGUGGUAGAGUCAUGUUGCUAAGACUCCAAAUCGUGCCGCUGCUGCUCAUCUCUGUUCCAGCUAACUUUUACUUCCUAAAAUAGGAGCACUAGAGCAUUUUACCAUAGUGAACGACUCACAAGGCAUUCAUUUAUACCAGAGACCACUGCAGAUUACUAAAAAAAAAAAAGUGCACGAAGGCAUUAAUGUGUGCAUCAAAUAAACACAAUGUUGAGAUUGAAACCGGUAUUAAAUGUGUCAACCUAAAAGGAAAGUUUUAGCAUUUUAUAAAUAUUAUCCCAAACAUUAUCAGAAAUCACAGCAGACUACCUGACGUCGUGUCAAAUUCAAUUUUACUCCAUUUUUUUCUUCUAAAUCUCGACUGCUUUUGUCACGACAGGGUUUAGUGUGCACAUUUGUGCACGUAUCAUUUACAGUCAUAUUUUGACGUAGAGUUUCUUUUCUGUGUUUGUGUUGCUGCGAGAUCGUUUCUAGUGAUGCAAAUCAUUUACUUCAGAAAAUAACAGCAAUUCUAAAGCUUUAAUGCAUUAACCCCUUCAGAUGGCGGCAAUGGGCCAGAACCUUUUCAGAAACAAAUCUUCAUCAUUUCGUUUCAUGCUCGGCUAUGAUUCAUAGAGGAUGUGGGUGCACUUUUUAAAUUUUGAAAACAGAUUGUAAUAUUUUCAUGUUCCUGUUACUGAUGCGUCAGAUCUGACACAAAUGCCGGAGUGUUUGUUAUCCUUGUGCCUGCGUGCGAUGUCUGACUGCACACGGAGUGGGGAACUUUCAGUCAGCAUUGCAUAUGGUUGAUGCCAUCUUUGUGCAUUCUCACAACUAUUUAACAGCCUACACCGAGUGACUCACUUCUUCGGCCUGGCACAUUCAGCUGUCCGCAUUCUUGUCAGUGCCUCCUACAGAGCGCCGUGCUGGCAGCCCAUCAACUAAAAGUAAAACAGAAAAAUAACUAGAACAGGAGAAAAAGUGGGAUUAUUAUAUAAAUUGAGCACUUGAACGCUGGGCUGACUGGUGCCGCAGGCUCGCAGGACGUGCAGCUUUUUUAUUGUGGCAUGGGUGUCUGAAUCAGGGUCAGCAGGAGAGAGUCGAGUUACUGUGCAUGAGUGGGGAAUGUACUGGAAACUUUAGCCACUUCAUGAGAAUUUUAUAUCCUCGCUGAUAUAAUAAACAGUUCUCCGUUCGUGUCCGUACUUGACACGCCCACACAUCAACUCCAUUGUGCUUUUGCAUGAGGAUUUAAAAGCUCAUUUACGCUGCCGCUGCAGCAAAUGUCAGUUACUUGUUAUGCAUCAUUUCCACCUCAGGUUACAUGGAGUUAGCUUGCAUGCAACAGAAAGGGCCCCUUUAUGUUUUCUGUAGGUUACCUUUCCAGAGGUAGAACUGUACGCUCAGGUCCAGGAUUCAUGUUUGAAGCACAGGAGGGAGGAUUAAGGACCAAAGAUGAACAAACGGGUGAUUUGGUGGAACCUGAAUGCAUGCUUGGCUCUGCAGACUCGUACACGAGCCGGCCGUCGGACUCAGACGUGUCCCUGGAGGAGGAUCCUGAGGCUCUGAGGAAGGAGGCCGACAGACAGGCUCUCGCCACCCUCGAGAAGGCAAAGACCAAACCAGUGGCAUUUGCUGUGCGCACAAACGUGGGUUACAACCCGGGGCCCAGUGAUGAUGUUCCUGUGCAGGGCAUGGCCAUCUCCUUUGAAGCCAAAGACUUUCUGCACAUUAAAGAGAAGUACAACAACGACUGGUGGAUCGGGCGUCUGGUGAAGGAGGGAUGUGAGGUGGGCUUCAUCCCCAGCCCGGUCAAAUUGGAGAACACCCGUCAGAUGCAGGAGCAGAGAAUGAGACAGAACCGGCUUAGCUCCAGUAAAUCUGGAGGAAGUUCUAGUCUGGACGUUGCCACGGGAACCCGCAGGCCUACUCCACCUGGAACAGCUCACGUGGACAUGUCCACAGGGUCUUUUGACGCUGACCCACUUGACCUGGAUGCUGAGGAGCCCCCUGAGUCCCAGGGUGACCCUCGCUCCCCCAAGAGCAUGUCAGGCAGCGUAAUAUCCCCCCAGGCCAACGCCCACCGACUGCCCUUCUUUAAGAAGAUGGAGCAUGUCCCCCCCUAUGACGUGGUCCCCUCCAUGAGACCCAUCAUUCUUGUUGGACCCUCACUGAAAGGCUAUGAGGUUACAGACAUGAUGCAGAAAGCACUAUUUGAUUUUCUGAAACACAAGUUUGAGGGCAGGAUAUCCAUCACACGUGUGACGGCGGACAUCUCUCUGGCCAAACGUUCAGUCCUCAAUAACCCCAGCAAACACACCAUCAUUGAGCGCUCCAGUACCCGCUCAAGCCUGGCCGAGGUGCAGAGUGAGAUCGAGCGUAUCUUUGAGCUGGCCCGCACCCUCCAGCUCGUUGCUUUGGAUGCAGACACCAUCAACCACCCAUCUCAGCUGGCUAAGACCUCCCUUGCUCCCAUUAUUGUCUAUAUCAAAAUAGCCUCACCCAAGGUUCUCCAAAGGCUCAUAAAGUCCAGAGGGAAAUCCCAGGCCAAACAUUUAAACGUGCAGAUGGUUGCAGCAGACAAGCUGGCUCAGUGCCCACCUGAACUGUUUGACAUCAUCCUGGAUGAGAACCAGCUGGAAGAUGCAUGUGAACAUCUGGCUGAUUACCUGGAAGCCUACUGGAAGGCAACACACCCACCCAGCAGCAACCCUCCCAACCCCCUGCUGAACCGCACCAUGGCCACGGCGGCCCUGGCCGCCUCCCCUGAGCCUGUCUCCAACCUGCAGGGUUCAUACCUGGUGCACGGUGAGCAGAAGCGCGAAGGGGUUCCGGCAGAGAGCGGUGGGAGCAGCACUCUCCACGACUACCACACAGAGCUGGGAGGAAAGCCACACCAGCAGCAAAUGUACCUGCGCUCGUCUCGUGGUCAGCUGAGAGGGGGGAGUGGGAGAGGCCUGUCGCGGCAAGACACCUUCGACUCUGAGACCCAGGGCAGCCGGGACUCGGCCUACACCGAGGCCGGCGACUCCUGCAUGGACAUUGAGACUGACCCUUACGAAGAGCCUGAACCGUACCGGGGGAGUGGGGGCAGCCGCCUCCACCUGGCGCAGCAUCACGGGCGACAAGCCUCCUGGGAGGACGAAGGUGCCGAGCCAGACCAGGAGAACCUGAACCACCCCUCCACGCCUAGCCAAAUGCAGCCGCACGGUCGGGCCAAGCUGAGGGAGCGUUACUGCCAGGACCCCGUGGACACGGGUUCCCACGUGUCCCGCAACAAGAACCAAGAUGACUGGGCCAAGGACGUGUACAUCCACUGAAUGCUGAUCUCAUCCCAGAGCAGCUGCCGACUGAUGACAGCGAGAGAAUAGAAAGGGAAGGCUGUUUGGUUCUGGUUUUAGGACACUAAAGACACUGGGUUUGGGGCCACGCCAGUCAGGCUAACUUCAACAGCCAGAUGCCAUUCUCAUCAAGUUCUUCUUGCAAAUCAGUUUAUUCAUGUUUUUGAAGAAAUGAAUUAAAUGUUAAUUAUGUUAAUACUGCAUGAAUAUCAUGAAUUUCUUUACUGACAGCACAAGGACAGGAUAUGCUAUGGUCAUAGAUCUACGAUUGCCAUCUGUUCAACCCAGGCUCCCCUUUGGUUGUGAGGUGUGAAGGCUGACGGGGCUGUUUUCUGUCAUGUCCGUCCUCUGCAGUCUUAAACAGGGUCUAAUAUUACUGUUCCACUGUACCGUGUCAGGGUUUCUCUUUAUACUUCACUACUUUAGACUUCCAGGACUCCCACAGGGUUCCCGAAGUCGUGGAGCCUCUUGUCUUUACUCUUUCGUCGCCCAGACAUUAAAAGUCUGGUAAAGCAGUUUCCAAAUUUAAACAAACUUCAUCCUCUCAUCUCUCACAAAUUAAAAAAAUACACUCCAAAGAUGUUUACUUCUUCCCUGACUUGGUUGGGAUUCUGCAGACAUAUGAACCUGUCCUCCCAUUCCUUCUUCAUGGGUACAAGAGGACGCGGUCACUAUUCACCUGUGCUGCAGACUCGCAGCAGCACUCGGUUGUGUGAAUGAUGUGUCCUGCCUUAGUCUCUCCCACCUUAAGACACAAUUAUUUCCUGGAAAACUUCAAUCACAAGUGCCGGAAUGUCUCGCCAAGCCAUGUCCACCACAGAGUGGGAUGUCUUAAACUCUCGUUACACUCGUUUGUUUUCAUACCACGUUUUUGUGUCUCUGUGUCUUGGCUACUCUGAAAUGUAGCCUGCUGCUGUUUUGCGCAGAUCUCUCAUGUCCUUUUUCUUUGCACCAGCCUUAUUGUCUGUUUUGAAGAGCUAAUGGUGAUAUAGAAGUACAUGUAUGUGAGGUUAAUCACUCCAAACUUCCACUUAAAAUUGCUAGCUUGUCCGACAAUAAAUGCCACUCUCUUUUCACUCCUGAUUUCCGACUGAAUUAGUGUUGUUGGGUUUUUGUUCCUGUGAACAUUUGCAUUUUAAAAUCUUCAGUUCUUGUUAGGUAGUAGGAGGAAUAUCGUGUGGGGGAGGGGGUAGGAUCAGCUUUGGUCUGUGCUCGGUUAUCUAAAACGGAGGACCCACGAAUGUCUUUGGUGGGCCAGUUCGGCCCGCCCUGUCUUCAGUUGAAUAAGUAAAUAUUUAAUAAUGAUCAGUAAAUAAUGUUAUUGUUGCGUUAUCGCAAUUGUUAAAAUAUGAAAUAAUAUGUAUCAUUGGUGCCUGAUUGUAGCUUCAUUUUGCUUUUUCUGCCUUUCAUUUUUAAUCUGUGGAUAAAUUCAUAUUUUAAUUAAAAUUUUCAAAAGAAAAUGUCA